UCCUCUUUUUGCGGAAGCAACUUUUUCUACCUCCUUCUCGUCUACAGAAGUGUCUGUUCUCUCUCGCCACUCUGUCGGUAGCUUUCGCGUCGACUGGCCAGAGUCCGCGAGCUGUUCUCUCCAGUCAUCUCUCCUUUCCGUAUCAUCUCAGGGAAAUACAGAGGCCUCUCAUUGGCUCAUCUCACUUCCUGGUUCUGCAUUGUCCCGAUUUGGUAAUGUCUUACCACAGCUUCUUGCUCGAGCCAAUCAGCUGCCACUCCUGGAACAAGGACCGGACACAGAUUGCUCUGUGUCCCAACAACCACGAUGUCCACAUCUAUAAGAAGGACGGGACCAAGUGGACCAAGAUUCAUGAACUGAAGGAGCACAACGGACAGGUCACAGGUAUAGACUGGGCUCCAGACAGUAACCGUAUCGUGACCUGUGGGACGGAUCGUAACGCGUAUGUCUGGUCUCUGAAGGGGGAGGUGUGGAAGCCCACCCUGGUCAUCCUCCGUAUCAACCGGGCUGCUCGCUGUGUCAGCUGGUCUCCCAAGGAGAACAAGUUCGCUGUGGGCAGCGGAUCACGCCUCAUAUCCAUCUGCUACUUUGAACAGGAGAAUGACUGGUGGGUCUGUAAGCACAUCAAGAAGCCGAUCCGCUCCACCGUCCUCAGUCUGGACUGGCAUCCUAACAACGUGCUGCUGGCGGCUGGAUCCUGUGACUUCAAAUGCAGGGUGUUCUCGGCCUACAUCAAGGAGGUGGAGGAGAAGCCCGGACCCACAGUGUGGGGGUCCAAGAUGCCAUUUGGAGAGGUGCUGUUUGAGUCUGGGCCCUCAGGGGUGUCAGGAGGGGCUGGAGAUAGGGCAGGAGGGGGAUGGGUCCACGGGGUCUGUUUCUCCCACAGCGGGAACCGCCUGGCCUGGACGUCACAUGACUCGACUGUGGCGAUCGCAGAGGGAGGCAAGACCAGCACGAUCAGCAGUCUGAGCUCUGAGACCCUUCCUCUGCUGUGUGUCAGCUUUAUCACUGAGAACAGCCUGGUGGCCGCUGGUCAUGACUGCUACCCAGUGCUGUUUGUGUAUGACGGUACUAAGGGCUCAGUAACGUUCGGAGGGAAGCUGGACGUUCCCAAGCAGACGUCUCAGAGAGGGAUCAGCGCCAGGGAACGCUUCCAGAACCUGGACCGCCGAGCCACCUCGUCUGAGACCACCGAGCAGGGCCUGGAGAGUCUGCACAAGAACAGCAUCAGUCAGAUCUCUGUGCUGGAAGGAGGGAAGAGUAAAUGUUCCACGUUCUGUACAACUGGGAUGGACGGAGGAAUGGUGACAUGGGACGUCAAGAGUCUGGAGUCUGCUCUGAAGGAUCUCAAGAUAGUCUGAUACCAUGACCCUCAGCCGACCAGCCGACCAGCCGGGAUAUGAAGAAAUCUCACCUCUUUUGCCUUUCUGCUUCUCUGCGUCUGUCUGUCUCAGCUGCUGCUGGAGACAUCUCCUUUCUGUCUGUCUCUGUUGAGCAUCUGCUUGAAGCACGGCAGCCAUGACAACGACGUCUGCAUUCCACAUGGCACCCUGUUCUUUUAUAUAGUAGACCAGGACCCAUAGGACACCAUUUGAGACACAUCUUGGUUUUUGUUCUAUCUUCUUAUCAUCUUUGUUUUAGAAUCCAGAAUCCAGGAAAUGCUUUGUGAGCGACGUUCUGUUCUGUCAGGUGUUCUAUACUGAUAGUUCUUUUAUAUUGGUAGAUCAGGACCCAUAGGACACCAUUAGAACAAAAACCAAGAUGUGUCUCAAUCUUCUUAUCUUCUUUGUUUUAGAAUCCAGGAAAUGCGUUGUUCUGUUCUGUCAGGUGUUCUAUACUGAUAGUUGUACCUGGACAUACAGCUGUGUUCUUAAUAUAUACGGCACGAUUCACAUUGGCUACUGGAAUUAGUUUACUUGGGUUUUAGUUUUGAUGUUCACACAUGAAUCUGUUGGAUUUACAGCACAGGACCAAGAAGAAAAUAAUAUCUAAACUUGAGAUUUUUCACAUCAAAUUAAAACAUUUUAAAAAAUCGAAUGGACUAAUUAAAAGAUGACAGUUUUUGAUACUGCAGUUAAAGUGCAGUUAAAGUGCAGUUAAGUGCAGUCGACUGUGGUAUUUUGGACGUAGUAAUUUCAGAAUAACUGCAGUUAAACUGCACGCUGACCGCAUAAUUAAUUUUCAUAACGGGAAAUGAUUACGAAUUGUAAUUAAUUUGGUUGGAGGCAGGUGAUUUAGUUUACUGUGUGAUGUAUUAUAUCUGUGGUAAGUUGCAGGUGCCUACAGGGUUAAAACAAAAAGCCAUUCAAACCAGUUUUGAAAAGUGGAAACAGGACAUUCUGCUCCGAUGAACUCCGUUAUCAAGUUGUCGAUGUAUUAGAGCGCAGCUGUUCGCUAAAGGACUUAUUAUAGUAGGAGUGGAAGGCUACAGCAGGUAUAUAUAAUCAUGAAGAAAAGCCAAGCAGCGGUACCUGUUAAAAUGCUUAUGCUGGUCAUAAUAUUGCAUUUUAAUAAAUUAUUUACUAUCAUA